GCGCCACCGAAGGUUCCCUCGAUCCUCAACGCGUCCAACGGCCCCAGCGACAAAACAUCCUCAAGACCUUUGUCCCAUCCCCCAAAUCUAAAUCACCAUGGGUCGCAUGCACGCUCCCGGAAAGGGCAUUUCGUCCUCCGCCCUUCCUUACAAGCGCUCUCCUCCUUCCUGGCUCAAGACAUCGUCUGACGAUGUCGUAGAGCACAUCAUCAAGCUGGCUCGUAAGGGUCUUACCCCUUCCCAGAUCGGUGUCACCCUCCGUGACUCGCACGGUAUCCCCCAAGUGCGCUUCGUCACCGGAAACAAAAUCCUCCGUAUCCUCAAAUCUCAAGGAUUGGCACCAUCCAUCCCAGAGGACCUUUGGCACCUCGUCAAAAAGGCGGUGGCCGUGCGCAAGCAUCUUGAGGUCAACCGCAAGGACAAGGACUCUAAAUUCCGUCUCAUCUUGAUCGAGUCCCGUAUCCACCGUCUUGCUCGCUACUACAAGACCAAGCAGCAGAUUCCCCCCACCUUCAAAUACGACUCGUCGACCGCCUCGACCCUCAUUGCAUGAGUGUGUUGUUAUAUGGAGAUACUGGUCAUGGGUGUGAUAGGGUUGCGCUUCGUGUGGAAAAUGAUGGUUGGCUUUCGCAUGUAGCCUUAAGUAUUCAUCUUCUAUGAUCUUACAAUGCAAAAGUAUGAUUAUGCACUCGCCUAUCAA